AUGGACAUCCAGAGGAGAAUGGAUGGUUAUGAUGAGAUCAUCAGAAAGAGACCUGAGGAGAGCAGCAGGACUGUAGAGAGAGUUGGGGUUGACCAAAAGAAAGCCCAAAUUGAUGUGCACGUUGAGGUGCAUGGACAUAGAGAUGAAGAGUAUUGUGAGGAAAGUAUUCCUAAGAAGCCGAUGCGUCUGGUAGGACAUAUAGCCAAGUUUUUCUCAGAGAAUAUACCUACUCCUGAUCAGAGAUCCGCUAUCCUAAGGCAAGUCUUUGCCAUGACCAGAGAAGAGGUUGAGGCUUUAUCAAAGCUGAUUAGAGGUACAAUCUCACUUUGUGAUCACCAGAUAGAUGCUUUGUUUGAUUCUAGUUCUAUACGCUCUUUUAUAUCUGAUGAUUGUGCAAAGAGACUAAAAUUGCAUGUGCUUGAAAUGCUGUUUUCCAUAAAUGUGUCUACACUGGCUGGUGUACUUGUGAGGACCAAUCAGGCUUGUUUAAAACUAGAGUUGAAGUUUGGUGAUAGAGUUACUGUUAUUGACUUAAUCUGCUUACCUUUAAGUGGAAUUAAUGUGAUAGUAAGGAUGGAUUGGUUGUUUGCUAAUGGUGCGACACUCGACUCCCUACAAGUAGAGAAGUCAGUGAAAAAGGGUUGUCAGGCUUUUAUGAUCUACUGUUCUACACAUGAAAUGUAUGAUGGAGGAAUUGAUAGAAUUGGUGUAGUGAAUGAGUUCCCGAAGAUGUUUGAUAACAAAAUGUCAGGAUUGCCACUAGAAAGAGAGAUUAAAUUCUCGAUUCAUUUAGUACCCAGCACCAAGCCAAUCUCUAAGGUUCUGUAUCGUAUGGCUCCUGCAGAAUUGGAGGAAUUGAAAAAGCAAUUAGAAUAG